AUGGCCCAACGUCCCUUCGUCGUCGAUCCCGCGCUGACCGCGAUCUCGAUCGGCUACCGCAACACUGCUAACAUGCUGAUCGCCGACGAUGUGCUGCCGAUGCAGCCGGUUGGCGGCGAGAAGUUCUCCUGGACCGAAUAUGGUGUCGAGGAAGCCUUCACCGUGCCGGACAACGAAGUCGGCCGCCGUGGCCGCACGCCGGAACUGGAAUUCGGCGGCAGCGAGCGCGAAAGCGCGGUCAAGGAUUACGGCUUUGAAAGCCCGAUCCCCUAUUCCGACAUCACGGAAGCGGCCCGCAUGCGCUCCCAGGGGCUCGGCACGUUCGACCCGGAAAAGCAUGCGGUCAUGCGCAUCACCGACGCCAAUAUCCUGCGCCGGGAAAAGCGUGUCGCAGACCUUGUCCAGGACCCGGCGAAUUACGAAGCGGGCCGCAAGGUCGCGCUCGUCGGCACCGACAAGCUCGACGAUUACGACAAUUCCCAGCCGAUCGAAGUUCUGAAGGAAGCCAUCAACGGCACCUUCAUUUUCCGCGCCAACACGCUGGUGAUGGGCCACAAGGUCUGGCAGGCGAUCUCCUCGCACCCGCAUAUCGUCAACGCCAUUCGCGGCAAUCUGACCGACAAGGGCAUUGUGCGCCGCGAGGAAGUGGCCGCGCUCUUUGAGGUCAACAAAAUCCUCGUCGGCGAAGGCUAUCUAAACGUCGCCCAGAAAGGCCAGCCGGUCGAUCUGCAGCGCGUUUGGGGCAACUCCAUCCAGGCGCUUUACAUCAACCCGCAGGCGCGCCCGGAAGGCGAUGUCACCUUCGGGAUGACCGCCACCUACGGCACCCGCAUCGCUGGCCGUAUCGAGGACAAGGACAUCGGCCUUGAAGGCGGUGUGCGCAUUCGCCAGGGCGACCGCGUGCGCGAGCUGAUCAUCGCCAAGGGUGUUGGCUACCAGAUCACCGGUGCCGUCAGCGACUGA